AUGAAAGACUAUUUCUUGCAGUUACUCGAGCCUUCUGUCCUCAAAAUGGAAUCUUGGGUCAAGUCAAUCGCUGCUGACGUUCCACUCGAGACAGACUGGGCACAGUCGUCUUUUGGGUCUUGGUAUAAUGAGCCUCGUCAACAUGGAUUGGAACUCAUGUUUUUGGCUUCUUUUUAUGCUUUUGCUACUUUUCUAUCUUUUCGUCGUCUGCUACGACCUGGUACGGAGAACUACAAGCUGUUGACACAAUUUCAGCCACCUUGCAGAGCUUCUUUAGCAGAAAGAGCCAUGACACUUUCACUUAUAUGUUCACUCUUGCUUACCUUGACACACAAGAUUAUUCGUAACAGAGUCUGGUUUAUGAUGCAACCUUGUCAUAUGAGUGGUGCCUUGCUGCUCUUUACAUUGAUUUACCCCAACAAACAAUCCCCUUUUCCUCAUAUCUUCUUUAAUAUCUAUCUUCAUCUUCAAUGGGGCGCUUUGGCUGCUCUUGCCUUUCCUGAUUUGAGAGAACAUAGCAUGAUUGGUGAAACGUUCAAUUUCUUUGCAGAACAUAUUCUCUUGUUGGUCGUACCUAUCUAUAUGAUCUAUAGUCGUCGAUAUGUAGUAUUACCUAAAUCAAAGGAUAUUUUGUUUCUGUCAUUCUUUACCUAUAGUUUUUUCCAUACACCUGUUUUGCAUAUCACAUCUCUUAUCUCUGGUUUCAAUCUAAACUAUAUGUUUGCUCCUCCACCAAUUGAAACGAUACUUGCAUUAAUGCCACGCAAGAAGUUCGCCAAUAACAAUACAUAUCAACUUAAAAAGAAGUCGAAAAAAAUAGAAUAA